UGACACUCAUGUUCACAACCGGAAAUGAGUGGCAGUUUCCUUUCCUUUUCUGCUUUAGACCGAACAAUACGGAAUUUUCGAGAUUAUUGUGGAAUCUGAAGAAAUAAUCCAAUAUGCCACGAGAAAUAAAAGAAGUUAAAGAUUUUCUUAAUAAAGCACGUCGACCAGAUGCGCGUGCAGUGAAAAUCAAGAAGAAUCCUACAAAUACCAAAUUCAAGAUCCGCUGCUCGCGAUUUUUGUACACGCUAGUGGUACAGGACAAGGAAAAAGCGGACAAAAUUAAGCAGUCUUUGCCUCCGGGAUUGCAAGUCAAGGAGGUCAAGUAGUGUUUCGCUCGUAUCCGAUUCAUUUUAUGCAUGGCAUAUGUAAAUUCGAUUUGGCUGAAUUCACAUUGAUCAUAAAAUCGAUUUUCUUAAAUAGCAAACAAAACAUGUACCGCAAAAGAAAGAAACACAUAAAUAUUACUACGGUGGCAGUAGUCUCCGUUAGAAGCUAAAAUCAAAAACGUAUUUUAUGGACGAGGCUUUUAAGCCGAAUGAAUUUGUUUAAUGUACGCAAUGCCCGCAGCUCAAGUAAAUUUUCAUAUAUAUAUAUAAAAAGGAGGGUAUAACUUUAAACAUCGAGGAUAUCAGAAUGAAUGAAUUCGCACGUUUAACUGUCUGAAAAUAUUCACCAGGAUUUAGAGCACGUUCGAUCUUUACCCUUUAUUUUGGUACAUGUAUUAUGAAUUAACGUAAAAAAAAUAUUUUCGUAUUGCAGAUUGAUCGAAUUUUGCUACAUACUGUCGAUUCAGCAUAAUCGUCGUAUAGACCCAAUAUGUAUAGGAGCGUUUUUUAAAACUGAAAUUAGUUGCAAAUUCAGAACGUAUUCUUAUACAUAAAGAUAUUUAAAUACACAUGUGUGUGUUUCUUAUCAUAUUUAGAGUGAUUUGUUACUCUUAUACGAUGGUUUAUUUAUUUCUCUACAUUACCAUAUAUAAAAAAAUAUUAUUUUGUUGACAAAUAGAAUUACUUGGGCUAACUAAAAUUAGACAUGUCUCUGUCGAUAUAUUUGGUUUUGAAACCUUUACAUAAAGGGAAUUGCUUUGGACUGGCAGUGGACGAGAAAGGGCCAAUCUAGCUCCAUUUAAUUCAGAAUUUUUUUGGCAGAAUGUGUUCAACAUUUUGUCCGUUCUAGAUUCAUAUUUCUUACUGAGUAUGCAAGUAUGUAAUUGCUAUUUUGUUUUAUUUUCAUUCGCACAGCUGUGAGUUGUGAAAACGAAAAUUUGUUGUAUCAGCUGUAUAAUUUGACGCGUUUUAAAUAACCUGGCUACAAUUUAAGAAAUAGUAAACAAAUUUGUAUUUAAAUUAAUUGUCAACUAUUGACUUAAGAGGCUUAAUGUUAUUUGUUGAAAUUUUGACGUAUGAUUACAUGUGUUAGUUUUAAAUAGCUGUACAUGUUUGCAUUUGGAACAAUCUGGAUUAAAGCACGUAUUGAAUUGUU